AUUAUCCCGCUAUAGAAGUUCUCUUUAGCUGCUUUUCUAGGCACGAAUACAGUUUCUAGGGGGCCCGAGCUUUACGCGUCUCUGUGUCCCUCCUUGAACUGAUAUAUAGCCUAACUGCGCUGCUAUCUUUUGGAUAUACCUUUACUUAUUGCUGGGGCACCGCUAACAACCUCUAGGCAUUCUCUCAGAAUGUUAUUAUCAUCCCAGACGACUCUGAUUUAGAAGACGAUGUUAUAACAGCUCCUGCUCCCAAGAGACUGAAGUCUGAGACGUCUACAUCAACUGGCCGAACGAGCACCCCGAUUCCGCUCACAAAUGGGUCAACUGGCCGAGCCUCUUCCUCCCGUGGCGCGAGCACAAAUGGUGCUGCUGAAGCCCUACCAUCACGUCCUUCCACGCCAGACGCGGCGCUCUCCAGGGCUGUAAAGCCUUCCCCACAGUCUACUGGCAAACCCAGAAUUUCUCCUUGGAAAAGAAGAUCUCCAUACGCACAUCAUGAAAGAGAUGAACAACGGCCGCGGCGUGCGCCGUCGGUGGACAGUACGCGACCCUCUACAAAGCCUGCCAGCUCUGUGCUGGAGAAGAUCAUGGCCGUGAAGACUGCGACAGAUGAACUGGCGGUCAAAUUCAGAGACUCAAAAAACAAAGAACAAAAGACGAAGCAGCCGCGUACGCAGUCUAGGGCGACAUCGGUAGUGUCCACUAUACCAAAGCCCACUGUUCCUACCAGCCGCUCUUCAGUCACCUCGUCAAAAUCUACUGCUCAGAGGGUAACCUCUAUAAACGUACCAUUUCACAAUGUACCAUUACGACUCAGUCAAGAGCAGAACAUUCCCACACCUACCCAGAAGAAGCCGCUGCCAAUGCAAGCUCGGAUAGAAGUCGUGGUACACUCUUCUCAAGAACUACUUGAAAAGUUCCGUGGCCCCGUGCCGAAGUCACUGUCCGAUCAGAGAAAAUCUAUGCUCAAGCAACUAAAGAAAGGCCCAGCCAUCGCUCUCGAGAACCCCGAAGAAGCACGACGUCUCUUUGGCGACUGCUUUUCGAACUUCUUACAGCCAAAGUUGGACGACGAGUGUAACCAACACAUGAAGAAGCUCGCUACCAAGAAGGCUAGAAAGAUACUAAGAAGUAACGCUCAAAUCGACGACGAAAUGACCCAGUCACUCAAGAAUCUCAGCAUUGGCGAAGAAGUACUUCACCCAGCCGAAGCGGCGAGACAGAUCCUCACAAGUCGCUUUGACGAGCAAGUCACUCCUCCGCUAACCUUUACGAACGAGGUCAACGAGAAACGCCUACACGGGAAGUUCCAGUUUAUCGACCGGUAUGUCUUCAGUCAGGCGGGUAUCAAGACGGCUCCACCAAGGACUAAUUAUGGCUGCGACUGUUCGGAGUGCCAUAUUUCCUGCAAAUGCUUCACGAAGGAUUGGAAAGACAAAGCCGGCCAUCAUAUCGAACAGAAACCAACCUACACUCGCCGAGCCGAUGGCAUUGUCGUACUUUCAGAGCAAUAUCUCGCCCAAGAGCUCGAUCCCGCCGCCAAACACUUUGAAAUCACAGAAUGCAAUGAGCUUUGCAAGUGCGGUCCCGACUGCUGGAACCGAGUCGUGGGAGAGGGCCGAACUCUACCACUGGAAAUAUUCCAAACUGAAAAAUGUGGCUUUGGUGUACGGUCAUCACAAGAUAUCGUGAAGGGCCAAUUUAUCGAUCUCUAUCUAGGAGAGGUAAUCACAGAAGAAGAGCUCCGCGCUCGAGAGGAUGCCGUGGAAGAGGCUGAACCCAGCUAUAUCUACACGUUGGACUGGUUCAGCUUUGGCGGGGUGUCGUAUCAUGUUGACGGAAAGCGCUUUGGCUCAGCCAUGCGGUUUAUCAACCACAGUUGCAACCCAAAUGCUCGCAGCUUCAUCGUCCAGGUUCACAAAGGUGACAAAAGAGUCUAUUACCUCCCCUUCUUUGCUAUUAAGGAUAUCAAAGCCGGCACGGAGAUCACCAUCGAUUACAAGGCCAAGAGAGACGAAGAUGACAACGAAAGUUCAGACGCUGAUGCCAUUGCUGGUGUGCAUAGUGGCGAUACAGAACUAGCCGAUGGACUUAUUCGGUGUCAAUGCGGAGAGAAGAAUUGCCGAAAGUUCUUGUGGAAACCUGGCGUGAAAUCCAGGCGCAAGAAGAGGGAAGAUUGAUUGAGCUUGAAAUGAGUGUGAGGGACGGCCAGAGAACUCACCGUUACGAUGCAUUUUUCUUUUUGAUGUACGACUACGAUUGACCUCAGCGACGGCGUUAUGGAGCUUGUAUGGAGCUGACGAGACUUGGGGAUCGACUGGCGCAUAAUCUCACGGGUCACAUGGACUUGAGUUGAGACCCAGGAUGUCAAGGGUCCAAAUAUUGUCAUGAUGUAAAAUACUAUGAUUGGAGCUCCAGGUUCUAGACUUUGCCAAAAUCGAGGACGAUCAAGGCAAGAGUCGGCGUCAAUAGCACGUAUAUUGUCUGCCACACUACCAAACCCUUAUCAAUCCCAUGAAAGCGAGACAAUUGUGAUUGACGGAGAUGACCGAAUUGAGUCGGCGAGUAUUCUCGCGUCUACGGCCACAUAUUAGACUGGAGGCAAGGACAACGUGGUAUACGACUUAAG